UGAUCGUUAACAAUGUAUAAAUACAUCCUUGUGAUCUUUAUCUGUAUUGUAUCAUUGUAGAGUGGUACAUCAGUGGUGAUGGAUACAAAACUAAAAAUCAUUAUAUGUGGUGGAGGAAACGGCGCUCAUUGUUUAUCAGUAUUUGCAUCACAAAGAAAGAAUAUCGAAGUUAGCGUACUCACAUUGCAUGAUGGUUCAGCUGAGCGUUGGAACAGUUCUCUUAAGGAAGGAUGCCUGACUAUGUCUGCUACACAACCAGAUGGUUCAGUGAAGAAUAUCGAAUCAUCACCGUCAUUUGUAACGAACGACGCUGCCGCAGCAAUGGAUCAAAUACAGGUCGUUUUUAUUGUCGCCCCGGCAUAUCGUCAUGAACUUUAUAUCCGUACAAUACUUCCUUACAUCAAACCUAACAUGCUAGUAGUCGGUCUUCCAGGCCAUGCAGGAUUUGAACUUCAAUGUAAGUACGUGUUAGGAAAUAAAUCCAGAAUAUGUACAAUCGUUGGUUUCGACUCUUUACCAUGGGGAUGUCGUGUUGUGGACUAUGGUAAACAUGUUCGCUUGUUUGGGAAAAAAGACGUAGUAUAUGCCACAAUGCUUACAGGUAUUGACUUUACACUUCCAUUUCAAGUAAUUGAAACAUUACAAUAUAUACUCGGUGAAAAACCCGUAAUAAAACUAGCUUCUAAUUUCCUCUCUGUUUCAUUGAUGGCUGGUUCCAUUCUUCAUCCUCCUCUCAUGUACGGUAAAUGGAAAGACUGGGAUGGACAACCUCUGCCUGAAGUGCCCUCAUAUUUUAAAUCAGUGAAUGAGGAACAAGCUGACAUCAUGUCAAACUUGAGUGAUGAAUUAGUGGCAACGGCAAAGAGGAUAUCAGACAUGAAAAGAGAUAUGGAUAUGUCUGACGUAAUUCAUAUACAUGAUUGGUUUAAACAGCGUUACUAUAAACAAAUAUCAGAUGAUAGUUCAGUAAUGACGUGUAUGAGAACAAAUCAAUCAUAUUCUCAAUUUGUACAUCCAAUGAACGCUGUAGAAAAUGGAUAUGUUCCAGAUUUUGAAUAUCGCUACAUGACAGAGGACAUUCCAUUUGGUCUUGUUGUUAUGAAAGGUAUAGCAGAAAUCGUUAGUGUAGAAACACCAACGAUGGAUAAAAUAAUUAAAUGGGCACAAAGUAAAAUAGGCAAGGAAUAUCUAGUUGGGGGAAGCUUGAAGGGUAAACACCUUAAGGAAGUUCGUGCACCUCAGUCGUAUGAAAUCAGAUCUUUAGAUGAAUUGCUGAAUUUUAUAUACUCUGACAUGAGACCAGAAGAUUAAAAAACGAAAUUAAUACAAUAGCUUCCUUUUGAAGGAAACGAAUGAUUGGUUGUACUAAUUUAUUACAUAAGAUCAUAUCACACAUUUACCGACAUCAAAAACAAAGGCAUAGCCGUUGUUGUGCUGUUCUUAAACUCAAGUCAUAGUGACAGCCUUUAAAAAACUUUAAAGGCAUAAAUACAAGAACUGUUUCUCUUUAGAAAAACUCUUUUCUGUCGUACUUUAUUUGGCCUUUUUUACUUUUUGAUUUGAGCGUUACUUAUGUGUCAUUUGUAUACGAAACUCGCGUCUUGCGUACACAAUUUAAAUCCUGGUAUCGAUGAUGAGUUUAUUGGUAUAAUUUUAGAUGAGGACACAAAUGUUGUCGUUGAAGUUUCGAUGGUGCAGUAUUAAGUGAUAUGAUAUACAAACAUUAAAAUCAGUGCAGUUCUGCAAUUGUUAUUCACAUAAUUAUGUUUCUGCAAAAAGGUUCGGAAUACAUUCCACAUUAUGUUAUGUAUGUUUGUAUAAGGGAAAGAUAAAAUGCCUGUAUAAUUAUUCAAAUAAAUAAUUCAUACUAGGUAAA